AUCGUCACCACUUCCGUCCCGCUCCUCCAGCCAACACCGGUCAAGCCUACCUCGCUCGCCCCGCUCUCUCCGAACCAUACGAGGACGAGCAACCCCUUCUCCCCCCUAAUCAAUGGCGGGUCGGGCGACGUCGGCAAGUGGGAGAGCUUCAUGUCGCGCUAUGGUGGGGCGCCGGGGUGGGAAGAUGCUGCUCUGGACCGGGCACUCAUGGAGCCUUUCACGUACACCACUUCCCACCCUGGGAAAGACAUCAGGCGCACGAUGAUCGCUGCUUUCAACAGGUGGCUGCACGUCCCUGCCGAGAAGCUGGACGUGAUCAGUCGCGUCGUUAACAUGCUGCAUAAUGCUAGCUUGAUGAUGGACGAUGUGGAAGAUGACUCAGCGCUGCGCCGCGGCUUCCCUGUGACGCACAAGAUAUACGGCAUACCACAGACGAUCAAUACCGCCAACUAUAUCUAUUUCCUCGCUUACCAGGAAUUGUUCGCUCUGCGUCAGGGGCAUGCCGCGUCCGCGCACAAGGACGUCCUUCCCGAGGUCCAAGCGCAGGAUGUCUCCGACUCCGAGGGCGAGGAGGAACAGAAGCAGGGACAGCUCGCUCAAACCCAGCUACAUGCGGUACAGGAGCCGCAGUCGCAGCCUCAGCCUCAGACGAGAUCCCUGGGAUUGGACGAACUCGUCACGGAGGAACUUAUCAACCUGCAUCGUGGACAAGGGUUGGACUUGUUCUGGAGGGACAGUCUGAUCUGCCCUACGGAGGAGGAAUACGUCAAUAUGGUGCUGAAUAAGACCGGAGGGUUGUUCAGGCUGGCGGUGAAGCUCAUGAUGGCGUGCAGCGAGAGUAACGUGGAUUACGUACCCCUUGUGAACCUUAUCUCGGUGCUCUUCCAGAUUAGGGACGACUACGCCAACCUGGAGUUGAAGGAGUACUCGAGCAACAAAGGGUUUGCAGAGGACUUGACGGAGGGGAAGUUCUCCUUCAUCGUCGUCCACUCUGUGAGGGCGGAUACGACCAACCGCGUCAUUUUGAACGUGCUUCAAAAACGGCCCACCACGCCCUCAACAAAGAAGUACGCGAUAGAAUACAUGCGCGACCACACGCAUUCGUUCGAGUACGCUGUCGAGGUCCUGCGGAGCCUUGAUGCCCAGGCGAGGAGGGAGAUCGAACGCCUAGGGGGCAAUAAGGAGCUGGAGGGGAUUUUGGAUAUGUUGAAGGUUUAGUUUGCCCCUGCAGACCGGGCGUGUGUCUUUUUUUAUUGGGUUUGUGUGUAAGAAUUAGUUCAAC